AUGCCUGCAUAUACGGAACAGCCGACGACUCAUGAGGUCAAUGUUGAAGAGUAUGAUAAAGUGAGAAGUAAGCUUCGUGAGCUUAUUACGAAAAAGCGUGCUUUGGAUAAGAACUUGAACGCGCUGGAAGAGCAAAUAUAUAAAGCAGAAGGUGUAUAUUUGGAAGAUACAACUGCAGGAAAUGUUGUAAAGGGGUUUGAUAAUUAUAUUAAAGGGUCUCAGACUAAAAAGAAGGCCGGCUUAAAUGAACAAGACCGGAUAUUUUCCAUGAGUUCGGCUAUUUUCAUCAAGGUAAAAAUGAAGGAAGAUGAUGACAAGAAUUAA